GAGGAAUAUGUGAGCGUGGAGUCCUUUUACUUAAACAUAUGUUCCCAGCAUUACAAGAAUGUGAUGGGAAGAAGACGUAGUUCAGACAUAGGGAAAGGCUACUUUUCUUGUUAUUUUGGUAAACUGUGGGCAAAGCGAAGUUCCACAAAUAAACAUUCGGUUUCUGGUCUAAAAUGUCACAGCUACUUCCGAGGGUGGAUAUUCAAGCACUGGGAUCCAUGAACAGCCAAGACUCAGAGUGUGAUCUUGCAUAAGAAUCACAGGUCCGCAAAUAUCAGCACGUGAUCUGGCUUUAUAUAUUCAGGCUCAAACUAUCUUUAAUAUUAUGUGGCUUUAAGAAGGGCUGCUGGAAUGUCAAAGGGUUCCACCCACCCAAGCAUCAUUCAGAUUUAGAAAUGUGUGUAACUGCCCCUAAAUAACCAAGUCACCUAUAAUUUUAGCAAUUUCCAUUUACAUCCCUGGAGAGUGUUGUCAUAAACACCUCGCAGGGCACUUUUGAGCCCUGAGUUCAUGCUGUAAAUAGCUGUGGUGGGGUCCGGUUCUUGGUUAUAAUUUUUGCACUGAAAACGGGGAUGGAGUCCUUCCUUCUGAAUGCAGGGCUGACCCAGUUCAGGAGGAGGAGGAGUUGGUUCUCAUUGAUGUGCCCCUAAUUUUCCCUGUCAGUCUCCACUCUUCUAGCCCUGGCCCUUCAACUGGUCCCAGCAGUGCUGGACCCACCAUUGGUGAGAUUGCCAAGACCAGCCUUCUAGGCAGGGUGCCAUGAUGGUAUUUUCUGAACCCUGUAUAGUCGGGCAUUCAUGGGGAACAGAGACAAUACUUAAUGUCUUCUCCAAGGAUGGAAAAUCUAUUUUACCUUGAGGACCAGCUCUAGACCAUAGCAGUGCUUAUUUGGAAUGUUGAGGAGGAGUCUGAGGACAUGUGUGAGUUCACACAGGUAAGAAUCUGGGCGUCGGAAGGCUAAUCUAACCUGCAGGGGUCCAGGAUGGAGAAGAAGCGGCACAAAUAUUGCGAUCUCUGCUCUAAACAGUUCUAUAUUCUCCCUCAGCCCAGAUCUUUCCCUUCCAACAUCAGAAGCGUUCUGUUUUGUGAUUAGUGGCUCAUUCCCUGGGGCCCCUGCUGUUUGCUUAUUUUGCUGGGAGCUAAUGGGAGACCCUUUCUGCUGCCAACUUUUUCCUUUUAGCAAGGAGCUUCUAAAGAGCUCACCAUGACCAAAAAGCGACUCUGGUGGCAUCAUGGUAGAGAUCUAACUGUCCAGAAUAAAUUAGACAUUAUCAUGGGAUGUCCCUGGCAGUCCAAUGGUUAAGACUCUGCACUCCCAAUGCAGGGGAUUGGGUUCGAUCACUGGUCAGGGAACUAAGAUCCCACAUGCCCUGCGGCGUGGCAAAAAAAAAAAAAAAAAAAGAAUAAAUUAGACACUAUCAAAGGUUGUGGUUUUUUAAAGAAAAUUAUUUUAAAACUAAAGUGUUAUUUUUCCCCAGAGACGUCCGUGAGGGUAUAAUAUUUCGAACAAUCAAUCUCAUCAAUGCAAUGAAUUAAUUUUACCAAAGUAUUGCCAAGUCCUAGAUCUCAACGUCUUUGAUUCUAUCUUUAAAUAGCAUUUAAGGCUAAUAUCUGUGUGUAUACUCUGUUUCAUCAGAUAGAAGAAAAAAAUCUCUGAUUUGACAGAAUGUACGCAAUUCUAGAAAUCAACCUCUUCUGGCAUCCUGUUGGCAAUAACCGUUGGUGCUGAUGGACUGGAGGACUGCUCUCCAUGUGCCUGGGUCUUUGGAACCAUAUUUCUCCUAAAGAGCAUUCAGUCCCAAAUGGGAAGCGAUUGUGUUUUGUGUCACUUACCGGCAUUUUGGUGCGCGUUAACUAAAAUAGGUUCUUUCCCGUUUGUGUGCAUUCUGGGUUGUCUCUGAGCUGGAGUUAUAGCUACAGAAAUAGCUAACUUCCUCUAGAGAGAAAAAAGAAUUUAGAACUAGGUGCCUCCUUUUCUUACCUUGGUUUGGAUUCUGUUCCUCUUAUCUCGUGGAUUUUAAGACCCUUAGCUCAGGUCACAUUUCUUUGCUCGUGUGGAGCCCAGGAUACACAGGAAUGUAUUAGUAAGAUGAGUACUAGGCAUUGUGGAGUAACAGUGUUAGGGAAUGUUGAAAGGAGUCUAAUUAUGAAAUUUAGAGAUGAGGAGUCAAUGAAAACCCCAAAGCUACAGACGUAGAGCUAUCUAGGGAGAAUUUCAAGAGUCACUUGAGUUCUGGUUGGUUGGAUAACUACCUUCAUAGAGAAGUUCUGAGAUGUGUUUAUUGUUCAAGCUUCAAGAAGAGGAUGAUAAAGGUUAUCUCUUAGGGAGGGGAAAGCUCAGAUGCUCGGGGAUAAUGCAGAAAGACCUUAUCCCCAGUGGUGAAAUAAUGACCAUCACUAUUGGUCAGUUUCACGAUAGAAGAUCAAAUCCAGUGGCAAGCAAGAGGAUAUACUGUGGCCCAAUAGGAAGGGCAGGAUGGUUCAGUGGUAAGUCAUCCAAACCUCAGCUUCACUCUGUCUGCCUGUUUGCUGGUUGGUUGAAUCCCUGGAGGAGAGCAGAGCAAGGUGUACGGAGUGAAACCGUGCUAGGAACCGGGGUCUGGCCUGGGACCUGUGAUAUCUUGUCCUCCAACGUCACCCCCCAGCUGUCCCCACCAGCCAAUUCUUUGAAGAUAUAGUAUGUGGAAAAUUGCAAUUCAUUCUUUAUUCAUUGACUCAACCAGUAGAUUUUUACUGAGGCCCUUCCAGGUGUCUGUGCCGUAUUGGACUCUGGAGAUAAUACAAUGGACAAGAUGGACACGGUCUCUGCCCUCAUGGAGCUUGCAGUCCAGUGGAUUCUACUGACAAAUCAUCAUACAAAGAACUAAGCUAAUUAUGAGAAUUUAUGAGAGGAAUUGCAUCUUGGAAGGCUCUCUUGAAGUUGUGACACUUAAGCAACUGUCUGAAUGCCAGGUCAUGGAAGCAACCUAACUGUCCACUGACGGAGGAAUGGAUAAAGAAGAUGUGGUACAUGUACACAAUGGAAUAUUACUCAGACAUAAAAAGGAAUGAAAUAGUGCCAUUUGCAGAGACGUGGAUGGACCUAGAGAUAGUCAUACAGAGUGAGAAUCUGCUCAGAUUCUCCUCCCCGUAGAGGACAGUGAUGGUCUUAUGAAAUCAAACUGUCAGCCACGUGCUGGUUCCACCCGGUGCUGGCCGCACGGGACGGUGAAACUGACACCUCCGAGGCAGGGCAGAGACUCCGCCGAGCAGAACUCGCCGCCAGAAUGCUGCUCCUGCUGCUGGGUAUCAUCGUCCUCCACGUCGCGGUGCUCGUGCUGCUCUUCGUCUCCACGAUCGUCAGCCAAUGGAUGGUGGGCAAUGGACACGCGACCGACCUCUGGCAAAACUGUAGCACCUCUUCGUUGAGCAACGUCCAACACUGUUUCACAUCCUCAGCAAACGAAUGGCUGCAGUCUGUCCAGGCCACCAUGAUCCUGUCCAUCAUCUUCAGCGUUCUGUCCCUGUUCCUGUUCUUCUGCCAGCUCUUCACCCUCACCAAGGGGGGCCGGUUUUACAUCACCGGAGUCUUCCAGAUCCUCGCUGGUCUGUGUGUGAUGAGCGCGGCAUCCAUCUACACGGUCAGGCACCCGGAAUGGCAUCCCAACUCGGAGAACUCCUACGGCUUUGCCUACAUCCUGGCUUGGGUGGCCUUCCCACUGGCCCUUCUCAGCGGCGUCAUCUAUGUGAUCUUGCGGAAACGUGAAUGAGGCACUGGGACAGGACGUCCAAGGGUCUGAGCGCACGCAGGGAGGGAGGAAGUAAACCAGAAGCCAGGAAAAAAAAGGAGCUAGCCAAAAAACCCAAACUCAAACCAAACCAAACAGAAAGCAGGUGCGGGGGGGUGGUUAGUGUUGAUUGAAGAUGUAUAUAAUAUCGACGGUUUAUAAAACCUAUUUAUAACACUUUUUACAUAUAUGUACAUAGUAUUGUUUGCUUUAUGUGUUGACCAUCAGCCUUAGGUUGAACCUUAAAUUAGCUAAGGAACUUGACAUCCUAACCGUAUAAUCAAGCUCAGUUUUUUUGUUUGUUUGUUUUUGUUUGUUUUGCCCAGAAAUAAAAUAAGUCCAUCUUGCCCCUUCCCUUUCGUCUGAAAGAAGAUACCUCCCUCCCACUCCACCUCAUUUAGAAAACCAAAGUGUGGAUAGAAACCCCAAAUGGCCCAAAGCCCUUUUACUGUGGGUGACCCAGUGUGUGACACACAGACAUGCACUGCCCACGCCUCUGUGUGCAGCCUUACCUGCACUCGGACAGAACCCCCAAACUGGAGCCCUCGGAGAAUCACGGCUUGUGGCUUUGGAAUACUUGCCCUUGAAGGGGAGUGUCCCGGUCACGCAUCUAGGUGAGAAAUUGGUGACAACAAACCUACAAAGUGGUGCUAUGUAUUUACCAUUCCUUACGAUCACUAAUCAUCUAAACGCCUCACUGGAAAUCCAAUUAACAAUUUUACAGCAUGAAGUCGAAUGGAGACCUGAAUAAUUCUGUGUAAGAUAAAUGGUUUAUAACCACGUUUGUACCUAGCUAGGCUGCUGUUAUUACUAUAAUAAAUAACAAACCACCGCCUUUCUCACUCCCACGUUUUCCUUAUGGUCGGAGCAUCAGGACAAGCUUCUAGACUCCCUGGGACAGUGGGUUCCCGGGAUGCAGCAGGGUCUAGACUGUCCUCUGCCUCCAAGGACUGUCUGGCAAUGACUCGUACUGGCCACCAACUGUAGAUGUAUAUACGGGGCCCUUCUGAUGCUAAGACUCCAGACCUUUUUUUUUUUUUUAUAUUUUUUGCUUAGCUUUUUCUGAUUUUAUACCAACUGUGUGGACUAAGAUGCAUUAAAAUAAACAUCAGAGUAACUCACUGA